GGCUUUGACGUGUCUAUGUUUGGGAGCAGCCUGGCGCCGCCGCUGGCCGGGGAGCACGGGUCCCUGUCGCUGCCUGGGUCGGAGCUCUGCGGGCGCCAGCCGGCGGGGGAUUCGCGGCCGCGACGGCGGGCACUGCAGAGGAGAGAACUGAAGGGCAAUCCAGACAUGAAGAAGGUUUUGUUAGUGGAACCUGUCAUCGUCAUUUACGCUUUUGCCUCCUUCUUGACUGCACCGCUGAUUCAGCAGUAUAUUUAUCAGAGACUAUGGGAAGAAGCAAGCAACUCCAGUUUAAUAGAAAAUAACAACACUACUUACUGUGAACGAAACAAAAGUAACCCAACCUAUAUCAAACAGAAGGAAGUCCAAGAAAAGGCCUCUCUUUUUCUUAUGCAGUUGGACUUAACUGGCGCAGUUCCCAGCAUUUUGGUUGCCAUUGUCCUUGUAGCUGAUGGGGAUCGUCAUGGACGCAAAAAAUCUUUAGUUCUGCCUUCAGUGGGAGCUUUUAUAUCCAAUGCUUUCCUCGGUGCAUUCUCGUAUUUCUCCCUAUCCCUCUCUAUUUUCUUUGCAGUUGUAUUUUUUGGUUCACUGUUUGGAAGCAUGGCAACUUUCCUCGGAGGAGCCUUUGCCUUUAUAGCUGACCUAUGUAAUGAAGAGAAGCAGAAAACGAUACGUAUAGCUGUGGUCGAUUUGAUUUUUGGACUUGUAUCUGGAUUAGCAGGACUGACUUCCGGCUACUUCAUAAGAGGAUUAGGCUUUCCAUGGACAUUUGUGGUUGCUUCUCUGCUUCACUUUAUUAAUAUUUUCUAUAUUACAUUUUGGCUGGAGGAUACAGUACGUGUACCUGAAUUCCAGCAACAUGCAUUAGUAUCUUGUACUGAAGGCCUUAAAGAAACAUUUUCUGGAGUGUACAUGCUUUUUAAAACUUCCACUUAUAAAAAACGAACUUUAAUCAUUGUAUUGCUUUUUACAUUCAUGAUGUAUUUUUUUACCUUGAUUGGUGGGAGUUCUCUUUUUACAUUGUAUGAACUGGAUGAACCUCUCUGCUGGAAUGAACUCUACAUAGGAUAUGGAGCAGCUGCAUUCACUUCUGUUUCUCUGACCAGUUUUUUAGGAAUAUACUUUUUUUCACAUUGUCUCAGGGACAUCUAUAUUGUCUUCAUUGGGAUAUUUUCUUACAUUGGAGGAAUGGUCAUGGCUGCCUUUGCCAAAACUACACUGCUCAUGUUUUUAAUGAGAGUGCCCUCUCUCUUAUGUUUUAUGCCCAUUCCAGUUCUACGGUCCAUGAUGUCAAAAGUGGUUCUGACUAAUGAACAAGGUGCUGUGUUUGCUUGCAUUGCCUGUUUGGAAGUUAUGACUGCUGCCAUUUCACUCACAGUUUUUAAUAGUCUCUAUGCAGCCACUGUAGCUUGGUUUCCAGGCUUUAGUUUCCUCUUAGCAGCUGGUCUUUGUAUAAUUCCCCUGGGCAUCUUGUGCUGGCUUAUGUGCACCAGUUGGCAUGAAGAGGACUUGGCAUCACUUGUAUAUGAAGAACAAUCCAGUGAAGAGAGUAUUGAGAGUUGAACAAAGAAUUUAUCUACCUUGGUUUUCUAGUCUGAUACAACCUGUUACAUACACACUGAUAGGGGAGUGAGUGUGACAGUUGUAGAUGAAAUCUGGACAGUAGCCCUGUAAGUUACCAUAAAACUGCUAGCAUUUCCAGUCUUUGUAUUUUAUGCUAGAAUGAGUUUAAUCCUUAUACUUAACUAUGCAAAUAGGGUGAGAGUGGAGGGUCUUUAUCAGUUUUAAAGUAUAGCAAAAAUGUUUGAUUUAUGAAUAAGAAUUUAGAAUGACUUAUUUUUUUACAUGCUGUGCUCUUGGAUUUACAAAUAAUAUCUCUUUCAGAAUUAAUAGAAAAUAAGUGAAAGCCAUAUUUUGUUGUGUCUCAGGUUUGAAAAUUAUUUUAAAUGAGGCAUAUGAUGCAGCUGUGUGAUCUAAACUUGUGUGACAAUGAUAGUUUGCCAGAUCAUCGGCUUGUAUAAAUCACUGUAGUUCUGUUGAAGCCAAUGGAGUUAUGCCAGUUUGCACCAGCGGAGGAUCUGGCUUAUAGUGUGCAUCUCAAAGGACUUUUGUGUUACUGUGGGGCCUGUAGGACAGUCGAAAAUGAGCAAACUAUAUGUGUUCUCUUCCAAAAGGCAAAACUGGGGAAAUUCUGGCAUAUACUGUAAAUUAAACCAUUUUUCUGCAGGUUUAAUUUAUAUGUGAAACAUUUGUGAGUGUGGAACUCACCUGUAACUUUGUUCUCAAGAUGGGUUUUCCCUCUAACGUUGUAAUGAGAAUAACCUGUGGCAAUGAGAAACCAGCAUGGACUCUUUCCAAUGCAUUCCUUCUCAUGGCAGCUAGAUGCACUCAUUCCAUUGGUGGGAUCUGUGAUAUCGACAUUUGGCCAGUUGGAACUAGUUUGAGGUUAAUUCAUUUCAUACACAACAUCAAUCAGCUGCAAUAUUGUGGUAACUUUUGCUCAUUGCCUUCAAUUUACACUCUAAUCUCUAGUCGUAUUCCUACAAUCAUUGGAUGGACAUGGACAAAGUCUCACUCAUGAGUAAGUUAUUAAUUUUACAUAGAAACUGUUGUGCCAGAACAGACUCAUAGUCUAUCCACUCUCUGUCCUGCAUGUGGCAGUAACCACAGUGAGAAGGGAUAUCUGUUCCUGACCCUAGCUAGCGACUGGUCUAUGCUGUGAAGUAGAAGGGAUUUUUUUAUUAGUUAUUUUAACUGCAGAUGCUCUUCUAUAGAGCCAGAUCCUGGUCCAUUUAAGUAACUGAGAGUUUUGCCAUUGAUUUCAACAGGCCCUGAAUGUUUAAGCCUUUUUAAUAAUCUGCUAAAUAAUUUGUUUCAAUAAUAUUCUAGGCUAAUUAUAGAGGCCGCGAUUCUGCAAAGAUUUAAGCACAUGCAUUUUCAGCACUUCAAAUAUUACUUGCAUAGUGUAAACUUAAGUAUGUGCAUAAGCCAGAUUGUAUAAAAGGUUUUUGUUGUUUUUUUUUAAACCAGUUCUAAAUAUGCUGCCUUUUAACUUCAUUGUGUCCUUUUUCCUCCCCUGUUAUGGGGCAAGAUAUAUAUACCAUUCAUUUACCUACAUCAUAGCUCCAUUUAAAUCAUUGUAGCAUCUUUAAGAGCUCCUCUCUUGAAAGACCAUAAGAUCUUUCUCUUCUGUGGAUCUUUCUUUAUUUCUUUUAUAACCUUGGUGAAGUGACUAAAUCUGAUCCACACAUCUAAUUGUUUUGCACUGAAUGCACUCUAAUUGUAAUUAGAACUUGUAUAGCACUUUUCAUCUUCAAGGCACUUUACAAUUAUUUAAGUAAUGAAUUCUCACCCUCUGGGGUAGAUAUUAUCAUCCCUGUUUAUGAGAUGAGGAAACAGAGAGGUUAAGUGACUUAUCCAGGGCCACAGAGCAAGUUAGCACCAGAACUGGAAUUCAGAAGGAAUUCCUGGCUCGUUGGUCUUGCAGUAUGAUAGCUUUAUGCGCAAGUCAGGCAGGCAGUUGCAUUAUAUAACGCACAACUCUGCCCUUCCCUUCUCACCCUGUUUUUUAAAAAAACCGAUAGAUAAUUAUUAAGCAGAGAUUUGGUACAGUAAUUAGAAUAAAGUAAAUUGGUUGGAGUUCACUUUAGCCUCCAUAUUAGGAAGGAUGUUAUGUUAGGAAAUCAACUGUGAAAUGUGAACUAACUGUAUAUGCACAUACACUUUAAACAGCAAAAGGUCAGAAUUCUGGUAAGGGAAACCUCUUUGUUACCAUAUAGGAGAGACAGACCACAAAUCUGCACAACUCAAAUGACCUUCCUCUCUUCUUUCAAAUUCACUUUAAGAACACCCUACUUAGCUUUAGCAAAGCCUUUCAGAGGUAAUCCACCAAAAAUAUUGGCACCAUAUCAAGAUUGGUGCUAAAAGAGGUGUAUAUUCUGUGUAUGAUCUAGACUGCAAACUCUUCAGGACAAGGACUUUUUGCCUUCCUUUACUUUUGUACAGCACCAAGUACACUGGUGAUGCUCACUAAAUAGAGAGCAUAAGUUCAAAGGAGAGUCUAAGGACUCUUAAACACAAACUGAAAAAAGCACUUGAGUUGUAAACAACUUUUUGCUUUUAACAAAAGCAAGGACAUUUUUCCAUAAGAGUGCUGUGAUGAUUUUUUAGGCUCUUCAUAUAGACCACACACAAUGCUGAUCUGCCUACUCUGCUCAUACAGGUUAUAUAAUAUUUUCUGGCGUUAACUAUGUAGAGUGAAGCUGCUGUGUAGAAAUUAAUAGCUCCUGAAAAAUGUAGUGAUUCAGAAAAGAGGAACGAUACCUUCAUUCAUUUCCCAUUCUUUAUGGAGGUUCUGUCAUUGUCCCUGGCAGUAAUCUGAAAAACCUAGUUCUACAAUGGGACAUUCCAUUGGCUCAAAUGAGAAUUUUCACACAUGAUCAUAUUACAUGGGUGGGAGAAUGCAACAUUUUAUGUCAAUUUUGCAGCACACAAUGUAUAAAACCAUGUUUUGUGGACUUGUCUAUAUGGAGAUGCAAAAUAUUUCUGGUGAAUAUAGCACUUAGAUUAAAAUAAGUACGAGAUUAUGCCAAAAUGUAUGUAGAAUCAUUUCUCUCAUUUAUUCUGUAUAUAGCAUGACACCAGAUGGGUUGAGGCCUCCAGGCACUACUGUACUAUACAUUUUUAAUAAUAAAACCUUAAAUUUUGUAGCAAUUGAGUGAUUUGACAAGUGAAAUAUUUUUGUGUAAAUGCAAGCACCCUUUUGCUAUAAGUCAAUAAAGCAGAGAUCUGUCUAGUCUUCUAAAUGUUUGGCUCUUGUUCUUUUGACAGAUAAGCAUGCACAAAGCAAUACAAUUGCUGGAGUAAUAUUUAGAAGCUGCUCAGGCCACCACCAUAUUUAAUUUCUUUUGCAGCUAGUGAUACAAAAUAGUAUGUACUUGACACUCAAGUAAAAUGACUGGAGAUCACAUUGUAUACAAACAAAACAGCACUUGAUCUAAGAUGGGCUAGCCUUUCAGAGUUCUUACAUGGACAGUAAAAAUGCUAUUCCAAAAUGCUGUUUUGUUGUAUAACAAGGCUCCGACUCCUGCAGCUCUCCAGUGAAGCAGACUGGAAAUUCCACAACCACCUUAGGUAAUUUAGAAAUUGAAGGGUUUUUUCUUUUUAUUAAGUUAAAUAUGAAAAAUAAUGCAGUCAGGAAAGUAUCCUUUCUGGAGUGCAACAUGCUGCCUCCACAUUCUUCAAUUUGCUGCAAGACUUUGUAUUAAAAAUGCAUAACUGCACUGGAGAAUUGGCAGGAAGGGAAGCUGGUUGUUUUGGCCCACAGGAGUAGGGAACAGCUGGGACUUUUGGUACACAGACAGGCAUAGGAGAUGCCUUGGGAUUUUGGAAUAAACAUGUACCUGCAUGUUUCUGUGGAAGUAUUCAGCAAUGCUAGAGUAGAGAACAAGGCUCACAUUUAAGUUCUCAACAUUAUGCUUCAGAGUUAACAUCCAAAUCUGCUGAAUGGAUGCAGUUCCCAUGUCCCACAAUUAGUGUUUCAGGCCAUUUACAAACCUGGGUAGACUUCAUUGCAUUAAGCUUAUUUUUGGAAGGUUUUCUUUGCAAUCAUUGGGUUUUGAGAUGGAUGAUUUUUUUUUUAAUAGGACCCUGCUUCAAAAAGACAGCAAUCCAUAGCAUUUAGGCUGGUUACAUUCUCAAAGUGUACAUAACACACUUUGACCACUGUAUGAAGUAAGAGAACAAACAGAACUGUCCUAAACUUAUUGCAAGGAUUUGUAAUAUGUUAUGCAUAUAAUUAACUUUGAAUAGCUUGUAACAGCCUGUGUAAUUUAAAUAAAAAUACACCCUUUAAACUUACAGAAAACAGCUUUAAUCUGGCUAUUCAUUUAUAAAAGAUGCAUUUGUGUAGCUUAAUUUUAGGCUCUCCCUUUGGUUAUCCCCAGAUAAGAUUGUUUAUUACAACCAUUUUAUGUUCUGCAGUUAUGUAAAAUAAAAAUUCAUGUUUACUGUAA